AUGACUUUCCUAGACCUAAAUGAGCUUAGGAGCGCCAUAGACAGCUAUGCUAUUUCGAAAGGGGUGAAUAUCAAAAUUAUUAGAAGUGAGAAUAGGUUAUUAAAGGCAAUAUGUGAAGAGGGCUGCCCAUUCACCUUAUAUGCAUCGAGAGAUGGGAAUAAUGUGGGCUACAAGGUGAAGACAUUGUGCAAUGAGCACAGGUGUGGUAGGGUUUUCAAGAACCCUAGGGCAAGUGUGAAGUGGCUAGCCGAACACUUCAAGGAGAAAAUACAGGAGAAACCUAAUUACAGCAUAUGUGAAAUGAAGAAUGAUGUUGAGCGUGAGUUGAAGGUCCACGUGAGCUUACAUAAGUGCAAGAGGGCAAAGAGGAGAAUAAUACAACACAUGGAUGGGAGCUUCGUAGAUGAAUUCUCCAAGUUAGAAGCUUAUUGCAAUGAACUGAAAGUGUCAAAUCUGGGGUCAGAUAUUAGUGUGGAGAUAAGUAACGAGGCUUUGGAACAAGGGAGAAGAGUUUUUAGAAGAAUGUAUUUGUGUUUUAAUGCAGUAAAGGUUGGUUGGAAAGUUGGGUGUAGACCAUUGAUUGGAGUUGAUGGAACAUUUCUAAAAGGUAAAGCUAGAGGGAUUCUGUUAACUGCUGUUGGUUUAGAUGCUAACGACUCAUUGUACCCGUUAGCAUUUGCUUUGGUUGAUAAAGAGAAUGGUGUGAAUUGGAGUUGGUUCAUUCAGUGGCUUAGGAUAUCACUUGAUCUUCACAAUGGUGGCAAAGUAACUUUCAUGUCAGACAUGCAGAAGGGAUUACAACAUGCUGUGACAGAGAUACUUCCAGAGGUCGAGCAUAGACUUUGUGCAAGGCAUAUUUAUGCUAACUGGAGCAAAAGGUGGAGAGGGAACGAGAUGAAGAAAAAAAUUUUCUCUUGUGCUUGGAGUACGUUUGAAGAACAAUUCAAAGACAAUCUCAAAGCACUUGGAGCACUUAACAAAGAGGCAGCUGAAGCAAUGGUGUCAUACCCUAUAUCUGCUUGGGUAAGAGCUUCUUUCAGUAAUAGAUGCUUGUCUUGGGUUGUAGACAACAAUAUGAGUGAGAGUUUAAAUGCUUGGAUUGAUGAAUAUCGAUAUCUACCUGUUAUUAGAAUGUUUGAUGGGAUAAGGGUUAAGAUGAUGGAAAAAUGGGCUGAGAGUGAGCAAAAUGUGAGGAAUUGGAAAGGCAACUAUAGUCCAAAAUGUCUGGACUUAUUUGAAGCAAAUAGGUUGUUGUCCUCUACAUGUAGAGUUUUUUUCAAUGGGGAUGAGGGAUUUGAGGUGACUGAGGGACAAGAUAGGCACACAGUAUGUCUCACUAGGAAAAGGUGCACGUGCAGGGCAUGGGAUUUAACUGGAAUCCCAUGCCAACAUGCUAUUCGUGCUAUGUAUCAUUGUAAACUGGAGCCCCUCACCCAUAUCUCACGCUAUUACCACAAGGACACCUACAUUGCUAGCUAUAGGACAAAGUUUGCACCUGUGAGGGGCAAACAAUUCUGGGAUACAGAACAGUUUAUCCCUAUGCUACCACCACCUGAGUGCACAUUGCCUGGCCGACCAAGGAAAAAAAGAAUCAGGACAGAAGAAGUAGCAAGAAGGACAAAUGUUGCCUCUAGGAAAGCUGCUCAAGCUACGUCAAGUAAAGUUGGCAUGAGCAAUGGUUCAGAAACACCACUUGUCGAAAGAGUAAGCAAACGGGGACAAGUCAACAAAUGUGGCUUCUGCAGGAAAGUUGGGCACAAUAGAAGCACUUGCACAGAGGCACCUCCCUCAAAUAAGCCUCGACCUGGUAGAAGGAGGAAAACAGCCAACCAAGGCACAACACAGCAACCAUCCAAUCCCACUUCACCUUCACAGCAACCACAUAGUCCACCUACACAGCAACCACCCCCUCCACCUUCACAGCAACCACCCAAUUCCACUUUACCCUCCCAACAGUCGACAAAUCAUCCUCCAUCGACACAACAACCACCUAAACCUUCCAAACACAUAGCAAGAAAGAGGGUUGUCUACAACCCAGAGUUGAGUGUGGAAUGGCCUGGAAUGCGUUCUGAGGUGGUCAUUGAGGAGGGUAUUGCACAGGAGUAUAUACAACACUACGUGGACCCUCAGAGUAAAUUUCCAAUCCCAAAUGAGAAAGAACUUUGA